UCACACGCUUAAGUUAUAUUCUAAGGUUAAAUUUAACGAUAACCCAUGUGAAAAGCUUUUGAUAACUUUUAAGUUAUAAACAAAUAUUAUUUUUUAAAUAAUUAUAAUAUUAACUGGAUAAGACCAUUCGUUUAGAAAUGGCUACGAAAUUAGGAAGACUGGUUUUUCGUUUGCCUACUGCUUCACUGGGAAAUAAAAAAUGCCUGAUGUCCUCAGUCGCUCUUAAGAAUCCAGUUGUGGAGGAUGGUUCAAAGGCAGAACUUCAUCCUUUACAUCACCCAGAUUAUUUUGGCGUUAAUAAUCUUUUCACUGUGAAGGAUCUGUUCGAUGCUAGAGUCCACCUGGGUCACAAGAUGGGCUCUCUCAAUGAGAACAUGAAACCAUACAUAUUCGGUUCAAGGCUUGGACACUUGAUCAUCGAUUUAGACAAGACAAGCGCCUUGUUGAGGAAGGCUCUCAACUUCACCGCUCACAUUGCCUACAGAGAUGGCAUUGUCCUUUUUGUCAGUCAGGCCCCGCAGCAUUCUCUCCUGAUUGAGGAUACAGCAAUCGCCUGCAAAGAGUUUGCCCACACGCGAUACUGGAGGUUGGGAAUGUUUACCAACUCGACGAUGAUGUUCGGGGCGAUGACACGCCUUCCAGACCUCUGCAUUGUAAUCAACACGCUCACAACAAUUCUGGAGCAACACCCUGUCAUACUAGAAGCAGCUAAAAUGGCCAUCCCCACAAUCGCCAUUGUUGAUACGAAUUGUAACCCUAAUUUAGUGACCUACCCAGUACCUGGAAAUGAUGACACUCCUUCUGCCAUAAAACUCUACUGUAAACUUUUUGAAACUGCAGUUUUAAAAGGGAAAGCAAAAAGAAAUGAAUCAACGUAAAAAUCAGUUAAAUUUCUCUAUAGUGUUUUUAGCUUUUAAUAUGAGUACACUGUACUUACAUGUAUAUUAACAGUUUAAAAAAAUCCAUCUAGGGAUUGAAUUACCAUUUUCCAAACAAUGGCUGAAAUGAAUUCCUGAAAGCUUACAUUUAAUAUAUACAUAACAUGUGUACAUAAUUAAUUUGAACAAAAUACAAGUACUUUAAUACAGAAAGAUCAUUUGUAAA